AUGCGAUGCGCGAGCAAGGCCGCCGAGAGCGCGUCCACACGUCUCUGUGCGGACGCCGAAGCAGAAACUACAGCAACUGAUGUCUCAUCGGUUGCUGAAGCGACCCAGCCUGUGUCACUUGGUGAUGCAGGCGCUGGUCAUGAAGACACUCGUGUCUUCACAGAGUACGAGCUCGGUGUCUCGUACUCUCCUGAUACGGAUGACGGAUCCGUAUCGACGGCGAUUGAAUCUAAGCCGCCUGCCAAGCGUGGCAUGGACAUGCUUUGCGUCGCAGCAUCUUUGGUUCAUCUGAUUCAUCAGAUGAACCAUCGCCGAAGCGAAGGCGCUCGAGGUCGCGAGACUCGGGCGCUAACAGUGGUGUCGGUUCUCCUAUGGACACCACUUCACAGCGAGGUGCCAGUACUUCUGUCGGCACGUCGCAGGAAGAGCGGGACCGCAAUGUGUUGCGUCUCGCUCCAGAAAAGAAGGCAUGGAUGCCUCCUAAAUCCGUCAUGGAUCACUUGUCGGCGACGACGAGUGAUCGUUAUCGAACACGGUUGUUCGAUUCGUCAAGGAUCCAUCACCUUGACCCCAGUGCGAAAACUAUCGCGCUGA